CGUUCAUCAGCCGACGCGCGUUAUUCGCGACCACCUUGCUUGCUACCACCAUGCCUCGUCCCCGAGCGAUUCCCCGCGUCCCUCCUGCUGCUCGCGUCGAACUCAGCGCAGGCCAGCUGCUGCGCCAACGUGUCGGGCAGCGCCUAGCCGCCACAACGUGUGCCGUCCCCCACAUCCGUGCGCCCGUGCGCUCGUUCACCGCGUCGACCGUGUCCCGCACCGGUGCCGAUAGCUACAACGACGAGAACAAGGUGCCCGACUUCUACGUGCGCCGCAAGGAGAAGCGUGCCUCGGGGAAGCCUAUCUCCGAAGAGGAGAAGGCGAAGGAUCCCUCCCUCAUGGAGCACCUUUCCGACGGGCUGCUCUCGGAUGAGAUCGUUGCAUCGACGCGGCGCCUCAAGUCGAAGAUUCCUAAGGAGAUGUACAAUGAGGACGGUGUGCUCGUCCACCCCUCAGGGUACGUGAUUCCCACACCGGCGGACGAGACUCCGGCACGGCGCGAGCGCGAGCGCGAUCUGGCGAAGCAGACCGCCGCCGUCGCAGAGCGCGUCUUGGAAGAGGACUUUGAAGGAGUGACCGCGCACACCAAGGCGAAGCGGCGCAAGGUCCCUGUCGAAGUGCGGCACGAAGAUGGCAGCGUCAGCCACCCCUCUGGCUUUGUCCCACCCACGCCCGCAGAGAACUUUGACAAUCUCUUCGCCUGGGAGGACGCCGAGAACGCGAAAGCCGAGGCGCAGGCCCGCCUCCGCAAGGCCGACAAGUCCUCCGACUCCGCCUCCCCCGCUACCCCCCUCAAAUCCGGCACGCUCGAGCAGCAGCCGGCGCACACCUCGGGCACCGCGUCCGGCGAGUCCAGCCGCGCUUCGCACAACCCGCGCUCGACGCAGACCGACCCAGGCGACUCGAGCACGCGCAAGACGGACGAGAUCCUGCAACAGGAGCAGCGCGAGAGCAUCCAGCGCCGGAAGGAGCAGGAGGGCGGGCUCAUGACGGAGCUGAGCGCAGGCGUACUGGCCGGGGGCGUCAGCGCGAGCACGGAGCCGCGCGACGAGAAGAAGCCUACGGCGUACGCCACUCAGGAGGGCGUGCAGACGGCGCAGCACCCGCCAGAUUUCAUCGAGCAGCACCCGCCGCAGCGGGUGAAGAACCCGAAGAAGGAUUGAGCGCGGCGGAAGGAGGGAAUGGAACGAGGAAUCAAUAACAUCUAGAGUAGGUUCUGCUACUUACGGAAUGUCACGCUUUACCAUUCUAUCUGCACGACUAGAUGUACUGUCAUUGUUGCAAUGCUGAGAGUAUCACCUUGCUUGCAAGUGCAAGGUCUUUCCCGUGUCUUAUUGACC